AUUUGAAAAUAAAAAAUAAACAUAACUAUGAAUAAAACAACCAUUCAGGCCUUAAUUUGAAAUUGCCUCGCGGGCCAAAUAUAAUUACACUGCGGUCCAAAAUUAAUUUAACACAAUACCAUGUUGUAUUUACAAAUAAAGACUGAUAAACGUGUGUACUCUGCACUGAGAACAAAUUGAUUGCUUGAGUGUGGGAUGGGGAACACGCAAAUAUAUAUUUUGAUUGAAGUACGUUAUUUUGGGGAGGGUUAAGGUGGUUCUGUGUGUGUGUGUGUCUGUGUGUUGUUGUUUUUUUUUCUUGCUCAGAAUAGACGAUACAUACAAAACAAGUUUUGUGACUAGGCACUAAUGAAACGUGUUAAAAAAAAAGUAAAGGUUUGUUCAAAACCGUAGGGCGAAUGUACCACCCCCGUCCAGACGGAGGCGCUAAUAGGAAUUUAAAAAGCACCGGACGCUGUCAAUGGUCAACAAGGCUCUUAUCCGGAACUCGCCGUCGCCGCCAUUGUCAUCUCGAUGUGUUGUUUUGGUUGGCUUUUCGGGUUGUCGUAGCGGCGGAGAGAUGUCGGACCCUUUGCCGGUGUGGUUCGCGGUCCAGGCGGAGCUCCUGGGCCACGACGAGGAGCUGGAGUCGCAGUCGUCCCGGAGCUGUUUCGACUGUUACGACGACGCCACUUUGUUCGAGUUGUUCCACCUCACGCGCGCUUGCCUCGAGUUCAUCGCCGACAUCAUUCGCGUCCGCAUGAAGAAGUUCCUGCUGACCGCUCUGUCGCUGGACGCCAUGAUCAUGGUGACGCUCAACUUCUACGCCCGCGGCUCCCACUCGGCCGCCCUCAUGAAACGCUUCAACCUGAAGACUGACUGCGAGGACAUCGUGUUCACCGUGUCCGAGGUGGUGGCCGGCAUGUCGGACCAGUUCAUCUCGUUCCCGCUGACGCGCAGGGCCAAGAUUGACAUGGCCCACAUGGUGGAGGACUUCUGCGGCAUCCCGGACGUGCUGGGGCUGCUGGCCCCGGCUCACUUCAAGAUCAGCCAAGGGGAGUUCGAGUUGUGCGUCAACUCGCUGGGCUACGCCUCCGUGGUCAGCCAGAUGAUUUGCGACCUGGACGGGAACAUCCUGAGCGUGGAUCAGUGCUGCGCGGGCGGGACCUGCGAGCAGGACUUGUGGGCCGCGUCGUUCCGGGGGCGAGAGAUCGAAGAACAACUCUACGGACAAUAUUGGGUGAUCGCAGGGGACGGCUACGACCUGAGCAAGCGCGUCCUGACCCCCGUGUCGGAACCCGAAGACGAAGCGCAGAGGAACUUCAACGCGGCCCACUCCAAGAUCCACGAGGUGACGCGGACGACGCUGCGCUCCCUCAAGUGGCGAUUCAGGUGCUUGACUCACCUCGGCUUCGCCCAGCACAGGCUGAGCAACGUCAUCAAGUCCUGCUGCGUCCUGCACAACAUAGCCAAAAAGUUCUCGGUCUCCCUGCCGCCCGGGCAGGAGACGUUCGUCGACUCCCAGCCGAGCAACCCGCGCACGGGCCCGGCGGAGAUCUGCCGGGAUGCCCUGAAAGCCCGACAGGAACUCAUCGACUAUCACUUCACGGUUAUUCCUAUUCAUGAGGAACCGGAAUGAAAGUGACAAUGUUUGUUUUUUUUUCUUUUUUUUUUUUUUUUAUUCUGUACAGGAAGUACGACAUUUCUCCGUUCAUGUGACAGCAAAAGGAUUUCGGGCAUAGCUGUACAGACAAUACACAAAUAUCCAACCCUUUUUUGUAAAAACAAAAAUUAUAUUGGAUCUCAGGUUCAUGCAAGCCAGCUCAAUCAACCCUUUGGGUAUACAUUAUGUGCUAUUAUUAAAUAUUUAAUCUUUUUUCUAUGUUACAAAAACGCAGUCAAGAGAAUAUUUUUUUAACAGUC